AUGGACACGACAAUGAUAAGCACAUCAAACAACCUGUCCAGACAAAGAUUCAGCGAAUUUGAAGCCUUAGAAGGUGGAAUAGCGCCAAUUGUUGCUGUUGUUUGCUAUUUAGCCUUGCUGUUUACAGGAGUACACAAUCUCGAUGCUAGCAUAGGUGUUUAUGCUCCGGAUACCGAGUCAUAUAAGACAUUUGCGCUGUUGUUCGACAAAAUCAUCGAAGAUUAUCAUGGAUUUGGUCCUAGUGAAAAGCAGCCUCCCGUUGAUUUGGGAGAAGGGAAGAUUCACGAGUUUCCCCCUCUCGAUCCAAAAGGCAAAUAUAUCAAAUCAACUCGCAUCCGCUGCGGACGAGCAUUGACAGGAUAUCCUUUCAAUCCUUGCCUAACAGAGUUGAAUAACCCUAAUCAAAUUAUACGUGGUUACAUUCUGAAUGCCGGUAUACUCGCGGUUCAGAAGAAUUAUUUGGAAAUGGAGAGGAAGCUCAAACAAGCAUUUGAGUCGUUCACAGACGAUGAUCUAAAAGGCAAAUACUAUGCACUGGAUGGGAUGACAAAGCUUACCCAAGAUCAGCUCAUAGCUGACCACUUUCUCUUCAAAGAAGGUGAUCGUCACCUCCAAGCAGCAAACGCUUGUAGAUUCUGGCCCAAGAAAGCAGAACCAUCCGUCGGUGAUGCCUAA